AUGACGACGACAGUAGCUAUCGCAGGGCUCACUGGCAAAUUUGCCCGAUGCGUAGCCAGCGUGCUGCAGACAUAUCCGGAUGUUUCUAUUCGGGGCUUUUGUCGGAGCCCAGAGAAGCUCCCGGAAUGCCUAAUUUCGGAGACAAAUGUUGAGGUCAUCAAAGGUGAAUUUGAUGAUGCGUCUGCUGUGCUUGAAUUUGUGCGAGGGGCCGACGUGGUCAUCUGCUGCUACUUUGGCAGCCCAGAAGUGAUGGUGCGGGGACAGAAGUUGCUGGUAGAUGCUUGUAAACAGGCAGGCGUCUCUCGAUAUAUUGCCAGUGACUUUGCUGUGGAUUACACCAAGAUUCCCGCAGGUGCUCUGUUUCCAAAGGAGUCGGCUCGAAUCAUCAGGGACUACCUCGCUUCAAAGAAUGUUGCAGGCGUCCACAUCCUGACCGGUGGCCUAAUGGAAACAUUCUGGAGUGAGUUUUUUGGAUGUUGGGAUCGCAAUACCCAGUCCCUCUCUUUCUGGGGUACGGGCGAGGAGAAAUGGGACUUAACAACCUACGAAACAGCAGCUGCUUACACAGCGGCUGUAGCACUAGAUAAAAGUGCAGUUGGAGUCUUACGCUUUCGCGGCGACCGAAAAAACAUGCUGGAGAUCAAGGAGAUCUUUAAUGAGGUGUAUCAUGCCCCUGUUCAUCUUGUGGCAUUAGGAUCAGUCAAAGAGCUAUAUAAAGAGGUGCAGGAGCUGUUUAACAACAACCCAGGAGACGUUAUGCGCUGGGCACCAAAAUGUUUUGCGUACUGGUGCAUUCAACCCGAAGCCCACUUAGGUGAUGCGUUGGACAAUGAUCGUUACCCAAAUGUUCAGCCUACAGACCUUAAGAGGUUCUUCCAUUCUCACAGGAUGGAGGACCUUCACCGUGCAGAUCAAAACUGGGAUAUAGAUCUCGUGCAACAAGGCGCUAAAUGA